AUUUGUGUACAUCCGUGCAAAGGCAGUGUUGUGGCUACAGAAGUACAACUGUUGCUGUGAUUUUGACUGCUGCACAGAUGAUGCAUCACUGAUAACGCAAGGUGAUGUGUACAUGCAUGGCUGUAAAAUUAAGAGCAUCAGAUGAGUCCAGUACACACUGCGUUUGCAUAAGUGUAUAUGUUAGUACGCCUUAGGCCCCAUACACACGAGAGGAUUGAUCCGCUGGAAUUGAUCCGCGGACCGGCUCCAGCGGAUAGAUCCCCUGAUAGGUGGUGGGCAGGGACAGAAGUCCUCUGACGGCUGCUGCCGCUUCAUCCUCCCUAUCUUCCCUUCCCUGGUGUCAGUCUGCAGGCAGCGGGUGACAACCUACUUGAUACAGCAGUUCAUGUCAAAAUUCUCCCUGAAUGGCAUUUUGGUAAAGUGGUCAGCCUGGGGGGAGGGGGGGGGAGCAGGGUGCCAAUUUCCCCCCUGGGCAGCUCUGAUGGCCCAUAAAGGGGACACGCACCACUUCACUCAGGCUGUGCACACCCUCUGUCCCCUCUCCGCCUAAAAUGGCAGGCAGGUGUCAGUAGCUAAGCGUACUCUUCAGCUCAAUUUGCAUGGAAAAGAUAGUUUUGAGUGCAAAAGUUUGUAGCCUGUCUAGCAGCCGCUGGUGGUGAUGGUCGUGGCGACGGGCUGCUUGUUUACCUCACCAGCCUGUGUAUGUUCUGGGAACGUGCCACUGUUAAUGUUACAGGGUGACUUCAGAUGUAAGUAGGCACUACUGAUGUAAAGGGGAACUCCUAAUGUUAGCAUUUAAUUAUUUCACCCAGGAGGACAAGAGGAUUAGGUGAGGAUAUCUGGACUCUCGGAAUUCAUAGAUAGAAACAGAUAACCCAUGCCGUGCAGGUACAGCCCCACUGCUUUGGGAAUAAAAACAUUUGUCCACAGUUCAUCUUUAAUGUUAGACCAAAACAAACUUUAAAGCAAGACCUGUGUGUUCAGACCCAUGCAUCUUUUUGCCUGUCAAAUAGAGAGCAUCAGCUCUGUAUGUUUAUUUCCGUGUGUAUGUUGUAGGAAUGAUAUAGCAUUACCAGAUGUACUACCACAUAAGUCUUUUUCUCUCUCUCUCUCAUACACACACACACACACAAUUGUAUAUAGUUAAAGUUAUUAACAUUUAUAAACCUACUAUUUUUUUAAAAUGAUUUAUUUCAGAUAUUUGAGAUGGAGGUGGAAGAUAUAACCCUUACAGCCAUAACAGCUGUUGCAGCGGCAGCUGUGUAUGUAGCCCAGGAUAGAAUCAGAAACGUUAGACGCAGACAGCCUGGUGUCUUCAGAAAACGUACCAUCUUGGAUGACCUGUCCGAAAUGGACAUUGAGGAGAUGUUUAGGCUGAAUCGCCAGGGGGUCAUGGAGGUGUACCAACUAAUAGCCGAUGACAUAGAACCACUGUCAGCGCGAAACUACGCCAUUCCAGCCAUGGUCAGGCUAUUGGCGGUUUUAAACUUUUUAGCCACAGGAAAUUUCCAACCCUCCUGUGCUCGGCUAAUUGGAAUAAGUCGUCCCAGUCUCUCUAGGUUCCUGAAACCUGUUCUGAAAUCAAUUAAGAAACAUAUGGCGAAGUACAUCCAUUUCCCUGCAACCAUGGAAGAGUGGCAAGAGUUGAAGGUCGGAUUUUUUCGACAAGGAGGGAUGCCUAAUUGCCUGGGAGCCAUAGAUUGUACUCAUAUUGCGCUGAUACCACCACACAAUAGGGAGGAGCAGUUUCGCAAUAGGAAAUGCUACCAUUCCUUAAAUGUGCAAGUUGUGGUGGACUCCCACCAGCGCAUUAUGAGUAUCAGAUCUGGGUUUCCCGGAAGUUGCCACGACAGCCAUAUCCUGCGGCAGUCAGCUCUCUUUGAUCGAUUUGAACAAGGAAACAUGCCUGAGGGCUGGCUGGUGGGAGACGCAGGAUAUGGCUGUAGGUCAUGGUUGCUGACGCCUCUGUCGAAUCCUCAGACCGCAGCCGAGGUUAGAUAUAAUAGUGUACAUAUACGCACCCGCUCAGUUAUUGAGAGGACUUUCGGAAUGUGGAAAUCAACAUUCCGAUGCCUCUCAAAAACUGGCGGGUUUUUGCAGCACUCUCCGGAACUGGUGUCCGAUAUCAUUAUUGUUUGUGCAAUUCUACAUAAUAUUGCUCUUGCAAGCAAUGUAGACUUGCACAUCAAUAAUGAUCUGCCACCAGAAAUACCGGCCCUCCCGGCUGCCUCUGAGGAUUCCUCAGAGCAAGGAAAUUUGAUUCGUCAGAGUCUUAUUCAGAACUAUUUCAGGACCCGAGAAACUGGGACGACUCAUUAGUGUAACGUUUCUGAUUCUAUCCUGAGUCUCAUCAUUGUAUAUAGUUACCAGUAUUUGGAGUCUUCGAAGCUAUCCUAUUUUUGAAGACUGAAGCAGGACAGAGAUGAUUCUGCCCAUUGUCCUCAUGCACACCUGUGACAUCUGACUGUUUGCAAAAAAGGCACCCUAAUAGCAUACUAUCAUCACCCAGUUUUCAGGCUCCUACACAACUCUCUGUUUAACCUAUCAAAGACAGUGUUUUUAACUACGUAUUAAUUUGCUGUCCAUUGGUACCCGGUUAUUGCCUAUAUGUGCAAGUUUUUCUAAAAAUCAAGGUCCAAAAAGUACUGCUGUUAUGAAGGCCAAGGGCAUUGAAACCAAAUGUUGCUUUAAUUUUGAUUGUUCUACUGUUCACUCUCUUUGCAUUUACUAAAAUUCAAUAAAAAAUGUACAAAAACA